GCAGUUACUUUAUUACUGCACAAUUAGCACUAUUGGCUAUUAAAAAAUCACAAAAAAAUAACCCAAGAUCCAGAAAAUUUAUUUAUAUUUUUAUUCGUUCCCAAUCUAUAGUCUGCCAACCGUUUCCAAACUCUCCAAUUUCUUCUAAGAACCUGCCAACGUCUCCCAAGAGUUACUCCAUCGGGCAGACCCGUUCUUGUUAGUCGCACCGAAAUAAUAUACUACAAAUCCACUUCAGUCCAGCUCCGCAGGCUGUCUCUUUUUUCUUACCCUCUCGGCCGUUUCUUGUCUCCCCUUUUCUCUUGCCUUUCUUCAGCUUUUUCUUUUUUCUCAAAAAAAUUGAUGAACCCUGAAAACCAGUCGAGUCGUUCGUCCGGGACCCAAAUGAACUCGUCACCGCAAUUCGAUCCAACUGCGAUGUUUGGACUUACUGGAGCCUCCCCCGGGGUGAACAAUGAUGGCUUCGAUAUCUUCCAAUGGCACCCCCACUAUCAGAAUUGCCAGCGUUACUUCCUCGACCAUGCACAACAUAGUACCACCGUUCAGGCACUUUCAGCAUUUCUGAAUAUCCGUCUCCCUUUUCAACGUCAACCGCACCCCGUGUUCAAUUCUUCCACCGAUCACACGCCAACGGCUAGUACCACGCCUGCGUCAAUUUCCAAUUCAAAUCCUCCCCCGUCUGUCUCUUUGAUCCCGUAUAUUCGUCGUCUUGUGGCUACGGGAAUGGAUUUUCCGGGUGUACUACAUGGAUUCUUUGGCGACGAUUGGGGGUCUGGCAUUGGAUUUCUGCAUGAACAAGAGCGUCGUAACUAUCUUUUCGCCGCGAAGAGUGGUGGCUGGGCUUGUGUGAAGAAAGACUACGAUAUCUCUCCUUUAGAGACCAUUCCUUUCUUGCGUCCUUUGCAAGGACCGUUGGAUUCAGAGAUUGAAGCGGCCGAGAGGAGCUGGAGUGAAUGGCUUGCGAUGGAAGAUUGGAUGGUUGGACCACGGGCGCCCGACAUCCUUCGUGACUCCUCCUCGCAAAUGUCGCGACCCCGGAGUUCGCGAGGUUGACUUUGAUAUGGCCCUUUUUCUUCAUAUCUAUCUUUCCUUCCCUUUUUUUUUUUUGGAUAUCCAGCGCAGAGCGAUACUACGGAGUUCUAUGGAAUCAUCGAUAUAGCGAUUCUUCACAUCACGAGAUGACGACCAUACGACCAUAAACUUUGAAGAGCGAUAGGCUUCGUGGCCCUCCUGUGUAGGAGAAGGCCGGGACAUUGAAUGCCAUGGGAACAGAAUGGUACUGUUCUAGGAAAUGCAAUAAUAAAAUUAUAUAUGCAUACAAACACCUUCUAAUGGUUUUAA